UGAACCUAACCAUAAUUCGUCACUUUAUGAUGGUACAUAUGCAUGCCAUGAUUCAGUUAGCUGCGGAAUAAAAUAUGGAAAAAGUACUUAUAACCCUUCUACUGAUCCAGAACUAAAUGAAGUCUUCAUAAGCACAUUAUAUACAGAAAAUUACUUUAGAGGUUCUUUAUUGUUAGGUUAUACUAUAAAAAAGCAUCAUCCAAACCAUGCAAUGUAUUUAUUAUAUUUCCCUAGCCAGAUAUCUGCCUCUUUAAUAUGUCAACUUGAGGCCAUUGGCUGGAUAAUGAAAAAAGUAGAACGAAUACCUGUACCAUGGGAAGGAUAUUUGUAUAGUAACUUUGUAUUUGGGCUUAUUUUAAAGUUUUCACCCGCAUUUGCAGAUUUUUGA